AUGGCAACCUCUUCUUUCGUCUCCCCAGUUUGCUCCUUGGGUUCUCGUCUCCUCGUGAAAACGAGCCUGCACCAGAAGAAGAGAUCAAGGCUCGUGGUUUCUGCUCGGAAGGAGGACGGCGGCGGCCAGCACUAUGGUGGCAGGCUUGUGGACGAGAACAUGGCCACGCUUCGGAGGCGGAUCCAUGAGAUGAAGGUGGCGGAGAACAACUACGAAGCCCCGAGGGAAUGGAUGGAGUGGGAGAGGCGAUACCACGCGAGAUACGGAUCGGAUGUGUCAGAGCUGAUGGGGGUUUUGCAGGUCUUCCUGCUGAACGCACGCCCUGGCGUGGGCUUGGCCGCCAUGGCGAUGCUUGCGCUGAGUAUGCCGGCAUCGGUGAUCUUGAUACUAAUGUCUCGAUCGUUCUAG